UCUCCCCUCCCCACUCCACUUUCCGAUGGGGGCUGUGCUGGGACUGGGAACGCCCAGUGAUUCUGUUUCUGUUUAAUUCAUUUAGUACUAGGAGUGGAAAGAAAAUGUGAGGGAUUCGAACCUAAGCUUCGACGCUGAUUUUAUAUAUUUGAUCUGAUCGAACCUCCCUUGAAGGAAAAUUCUUUUAGUACCUGAGACAAUUAAAAUUCUGACGUUAUCUCAAGAAAGAUGUCAAACACCGUAACAAUUCCACCAUCUCCUUCAGCUAUCCCAAUGGAAGAACCAGUAGAAGAUGCGGCAUCAUCUGAUGGAUCUAAUGCAAUGGAAACACACAUCACAUUUAAUGAUACAGUUGAAGAGCUGGAGGAAGAUGAUUACAAAGAAAAUUUGUCAUCUAGACCGUCAGUUGCCCGAAACCAAGCAAAGAAAGCAAAAAGAAUUCGCUUCUUAAGAAAUGGUGAUCGUUUUUUUAAAGGUGUUGUCAUGCCUGUAGCUGCUGAGAGGUACCGUUCUUUUGACAGCUUACUCUCUGAUCUCACUAGGGCAUUAGAGCACAGUGUAACAUUGCCAUGUGGAGUUCGAACAAUCUACACCAUGGACGGCCGCAAGGUCUGCUCUAUUGACCAGCUAGAUGACGGGAAAGAAUACCUUUGCUCUGGUCCUGGUGAAACUUUUAAACGUGUUGAUUACUCAAAUAACAAUGGAACUUUAGGAAAGAAAAAGCCAAAUGCUGGUGCUAGCAAUGGAGGAGAUAGGCCAAGAUCUGGCACUUCGCGCAGUGGUAUUCCAGAAUUUGUUCGUCCUCGUAUAUUAACUUUAGUUCGGAAUGGUACAAGACCCCGCAAGGUAGUGCGACUGCUAAUAAAUCGUAGAAACGCCCCCUCCAUGGAUCAUGUUUUAUCCUGCAUCACCGAGGCUGUCAAGCUAGACACUGGAGCUGCUAGAAAAGUUUUCAAUCAGUUGGGUAACCAGCUGACUUCAUUUGAGGAAUUUUUUGGAGAAGAUGAUGUGUUUUUUGUGUAUGGAUCAGAACGUUAUGCUCAAGAUGAUUUUGAACUAGAUGAAGAAGAAUGCAAGUCAAUUCAGGCUCAAAGGAAAGGUGGAAGUAAUGCACGAGUUUCAAUGCCAGGUGGAGUUAUGCCAAAAAUGCCUGUUAAAACCAAAGCUUCCAAAUCUCAUUCUCAAACCUUGUCUGGUGUGACUGAUCCUAAUAUCCCCUCUGCACUCAACCAAAAGUAUCAAGUAUGUGAAAAUAUAGGAGAUGGAAAUUUUGCUCAAGUUAGGCGGUGUAUAGACCGAUCUUCAGGCCGUGAGUUUGCUCUGAAAAUUAUUGACAAAUCAAAAUGUCGAGGGAAAGAGCAUAUGAUUGAAAGUGAAGUUGAUAUCCUGCGUAAGGUUCGUCAUCCAAAUAUUGUCCGGUUGUUUGCAGAACAUGAUGAGCCAGAGCAACUGUAUCUUGUGAUGGAGCUUGUCAAGGGUGGUGAUCUCUUUGAUGCUAUAGCAUCUGCUACGAAAUUUAAUGAAUGGGAUUCAAGUUUUAUGAUCCGUAAUUUGGCAGCUGCAUUGUGUUAUCUGCAUUCUCUAUCCAUAGUUCAUCGUGACAUCAAGCCUGAGAACUUAUUGGUUGAAGUUGAUUGUCAUGGAGUUCACACGUUGAAAGUUGGAGAUUUCGGCCUUGCUCAGAAAGUCACAGAACCCUUAUUUUCUGUUUGUGGUACACCAACUUAUGUGGCACCUGAAAUCCUUGCAGAAACUGGCUAUGGGCUCAAGAUAGAUGUAUGGGCAGCAGGGGUCAUCCUAUAUAUACUACUCUGCGGCUUCCCUCCUUUUGUUAGCGCAACUAAUGACCAAGAAGAGCUGUUCACUCGUAUCUUGGCUGCUCGGUUUGCUUUCACAUCUCCAUACUGGGAUGAUAUUUCAGACAGUGCUAAGGACCUUGUAGCCCACAUGCUACAGCCAAUCCCUGAGCUGCGCCUCUCUGCUGAAGAUGUCCUUGAUCAUCCAUGGCUUGCUGAAGCUGGUGGAGUAGAAAUGUUGCGCGUGAAUAGUGGAGGUAGUUUACUGUACAAUGAUACACAUGUGGGUGUGCAAAGUGCUGUUAGUCGGUAGUGCUUGACUACUUGCAUUGUUCAUGUGCCUCUCUGUGGGUGGUUUCAAAAUACUAAAGACUCUCCCCAGUGAAAUUCAACCUUAUUCCAAAGAGAAGCUUAUUCUGUAUCAAUAGUGCCAGGUAUAUAUUUUAUGUACAGUAUCUGAAACACAACAUUUUAAUCAGCCAAAGAAAUUAUUUUGUAAUCUGCCCAGAGCAUGCUUUUGGACCUUUAAUAAAUUUUUGCUAUUUAUGCUUUUUAAAUUUAAUGCGCUUUGAUUUUAAAUGUUUGGGAAAUAUAAAGUCAUAUCAUGCACUAAUCUUGUUUAGGCCCAUUUUCCAAUAAAGCUUUCCAAAUAAGUUGAUAAAAUUGUAUCCAUGUAAAACUUGUAACAAAAAAAAAAUACUUUAAUCUGGAUCAGUAUAAAGCAGUUGCUAUCAGCCUUCAUUUUGUUAUCUUGGGUUAGUGGAUUGAAUGUACCCCACAUCUUGCCUGCUGAAUUGGGUUUAAAUUUUUGUCUCCUGUAUUCUGCUAAGCAUGCCAAUGUGAAAAAGAUCUGUGUCUCAAAUUUUAAAAUCUUAGGUUUCUUGAGGAACAAAUCUCUCCAUGAACUGUGAACACUCGCAACAGAUUUGGUAUUCUCUGACUGAAAGGAUAAUCUCGUAGUGUUUAAUUUUGCUGGUUUCUUAUGUAGGCUGUGAUACAGGGGGAAUCGUCUGAGGCAGUGACAGUGUUUGCCAACAUUUUAUUAGAAUAGUUUUCCUCUUUGUGACUGUCUUUUUUCAUGUGUAAGAUUUGCCCUGCUUCAAUUAUGUACUUGUUAUUGUUUCUGUCAACAUCACUCAUUUCUUGAAAGCAAGAUUCACUCAAUGGGCUCCAUUAAUCCAUAAUUUUAAAUUUUAUAGUGGGACAUGUGAGUGCACUUUGAUUUGCUUUCGGUUAGUGAUAUCAAAUUCUGAUGGUGUUAUUGGUUUUGUACCUUCAAACUCCUUCUUGAUUAUCAGUUAUUCAGUUACCUCCUUAGUUAAUUGUCUUCACAUCAUGGAAUAUUGUAUCCCUCUUGGAUUAAUAUAAUACAUUCUCUUUUAGUACACUAAUUUACAAAUAGGUGCCAAAGUGUACAAGAACUUCUAUUAACUUUUUUGUUAUGUCUGUUUUAUGUUACAUUUUUUUUACUUCUGUUAUUGUGACCUCAACUGGUGAUUUAAUUAGAUGUUUGGUUUGUAUAUAAUGUUGAUUCCAGCUGUUUUUCUUUAUAACUGCUGCUUGUUUCAUCAACUUGUUAUGCUUUGUUAUUUUGCUAUGUGUUGAUUUAAUUUGCCCCCAGAAACAAAAUCAAUUCUUUUCAAUAUCAAGAUUCUUUUUCUUGCCAGUUGCUUACAACUUUUAUAAUUUGUGAAGCGCUGAUAGUGUUGUAAAUCUUAUGUGUCAGGGGAAAUUAUAGUUUUAUUCAUCUUUGUUUGGUGUAUCAGUCUGUUUGGUAUACUCUUCAGGUGGAAUGAAAUCACACUGCUACCCUCACUGCAUUUUGUCAGACCCUGUGAAUCUUCUGUUUAUAAAGAGUAUUUUGAUACACAUA